AUGGCGAUGAGAAAAACCACCACGAGAAACAGCAUUACGUAUUGCUAUUACCGAGCAGCAUUGACCGAAAGGAGAUCUCUAAAAAAACUUAUCGAGAGAGCUCGCGCUCAAGAAGACAAACGGAAGGAAUCUAUUGUAUCUUACUUAUAUCACCUAAUGAGAAAGUAUUCAAAGCUUUUCAGAAGUGAGUAUGCUGAUGAUACUGACUCUCAGGGAUCAACUCCACGCUCUCCUUCCGUACUGGGAUUUGAAGAGGUGUCUAGUCCACAUCGGAACAGCUACACAUUUGAUAAGAGCAGUCAGACGUUUGAUAGACAUCUAUCUAAAUUACGGUCUUUCAAUUUCAAACAAAAUGGAAAGUCUGGCAAUAUACCAAUACCUCCUGAAGAAUUCAUAUGCCCCAUUUCAUUGCAGCUCAUGUUUGAUCCUGUCAUUAUUUCAUCUGGACAGACCUAUGAGCGUAUCUGCAUUGAGAAAUGGUUCAAUGAUGGUCAUAGUACCUGUCCGAAAACUCAGCAGCAGCUAUCUCAUUUGUGUUUAACGCCAAACUAUUGUGUCAAAGGCUUGAUUGGAAGUUGGUGUGAGCAGAAUGGAUUUCCCAUUCCUAAUGCUCCCCCUGGGUCCUUGGAUUUUACCUAUUGGAGGUUGUCUCUCUCACAAUGUGAAGCUAUGGAUUCAAGUUCCUUUGUUGGUUCAAAUUCUUGUAAAUCAAAAAGUAUUAGUGUUUCUCCUUAUGAUGGCAGUAGCAUCCCAGAGGAGACCAAGGAGAAUGAUUCUGAAAUUUUAAACAACUAUUAUCAGGAUUGUGGAACAGAUGAGUUUGACAAAUACCGAAGAAUACUAGAUGCACUUGGUGAGACUAAAAGUACACAGAAGCAAUUUAGAGUGGUGGAGCAGAUAAGGUAUCUACUGAAGGAAGAUGAAGAAGCUAGGAUCUUCAUGGGUGCUAAUGGAGCCGUGGAUCCACUCAUUCUGUUCCUGAGAACAUCCAUAUACGAUGGUGAUGAAAAGGCUCAAGAAGCUGCUGCCAUGGCCCUUUUCAACCUGGCAGUCAACAGCAAUAGGAACAAGGAAAUGCUCAUAGCAGCUGGAUUGAUACCAUUGCUAGAACAAAUGAUCUCAAAUUCUGGAAUGUGUGAUUGUGUAGCAGCUCUCUACCUCAAUCUUUCACGUCUCAGCGAAGCCAAGCCCCUCAUUUGCUCAAGCAAAGCUGUUCCAUUCCUCAUUCAGCUUUUACAAGAUGAUGGAAACCAUGGGAGCACCUGCAAGUAUGAUGCGCUGUACACACUAUAUAAUCUUUCCACGCAUCCACCCAACAUCACUAUCCUCGUAUCGUCGGGCAUCAUCACGAGUCUUCAUCCACUCCUCGGACUGCCUUCUGCAUCUGAAGACAUUAUGUGGGCCGAGAAGGCCCUAGCAGUCUUGAUAAAUUUAGCAUCAAGCCAGGCAGGAAGAAGAGAGAUUGUUUCGGAUCCAGGUAUAUUUUCAGCUCUUGCUGGAGUCUUGGACUUCGGUGAGCCCGCAGAACAAGAGCAGGCCUUGUCUUGCCUGUUGAUUCUGUGCUGCGAUGAUGAGAAGUGCAGUCAAAUGGUCUUGCAAGAAGGGGUGAUACCAUCCCUUGUUUCGAUAUCAGUGAAUGGAACUAUAAAAGGCAGGGAGAAAUCUGAGAAGUUAUUGAAGCUCUUCAGAGACCAGCGGCAGCAAGAGCCACCGACCCUGAAGCAGCAACAGCAGCCAAUCGACAGCAACGGUGGUCUUCAAGUGACUGUAGAAACCAAGUUCUGUAAAUCAAGAUCAAAGAAGCUCGGAAGGACACUGAGUUCGAUCUGGAAGAAGAAGAAUUUCUCCAUAUAUCAAUGCUAGAGUCCUUGGUCAUCCUCAAUCAUGUAAAUUUCUGUCAGCAUUUUCUCUUUCAUUUCUCUUCUUUUUCUUUUCAAUCAAGGGGAAUUGGCAUUUUCCCUUUGCCUCCCUGAAUAGAAAAGAUGUACAGGCCUUAUGUUAGUGUGUAUCAGUUUUCUCAGCUAUCUUCUGCUAGUAGUUCAAAAAAGCUGUAAUUUCUACCAGGUGAGAAAAUUGAUGCUUUUGUUAGGUCCUUUCUCAAGAAAUCAUGUUUCAAAUCACAA